CACGCCCCCCCUUGCAUCGACUGGCCGGACGACAUGCGCGAACUCAUUCUCGGCUAUCAUGCCCUCUUAAAGGGAGGCUUGGAGGUUGACGGCUAUCUUAUCUCCGAUAUCGACGAGAACGAGAUUAAAGAGCAAUGCGCCAUCAUUCGGGAAAAGGGAAUCAAAAGCAUAGUCAUAAACGGAGUCUUCAGUCCUAUCGACACCGUCGAGAAGCAAGAGGAACGCGCCGCCGCCAUUGUCCGUGCUGAGAUCCCCGAUGCCGAUAUCGUCUGUUCCAAAGAAGUUGCCAAUCUGGGCUUUCUAGAGCGGGAAAACGCUGCUAUAUUGAAUGCUUCGAUCCUUGCGUUUGCUCGUAAGACAAUUCGUUCGUUCCAAGAGCCAGUUAAGCGUCUAGGUCUCAAUUGUCCCGUAUUCAUCACGCAGAAUGAUGGUACUAUUCUUUCCGGUGAUAUGGCGGCAAAGUUGCCUAUCCGAACAUUCUCUUCUGGCCCAACGAACAGUAUGCGCGGCGCUGCCUUCCUCGUACAGAGCGAGCUAGAAGAAGCAAUAAUGGUAGUCGACAUAGGUGGCACAACCACCGAUGUAGGCUUAUUGCUCGCGAACGGUUUCCCACGCCAGCAAGCUGCGUAUAGCGACUUGGCGGGUGUUCGGAUGAAUUUUUCAUGCCCGGACGUCAAGAGUAUCGGCCUCGGUGGCGGUUCUAUCGUCCGAGACGGCGAAACACUAACCGUAGGCCCUGAUAGCGUUGGCUAUAAAAUCACCGAAGAAGCUUUAGUCUUCGGCGGCAAAGUACUUACCACCACUGAUUGUACGGUACUAGCGGAUAGUACAGUCGAGAUAGGGAAUAAGGAACUAGCGAAAGGCGCGUUAAAUGACGAGGGAAUCGCAAAAUUCAAGGCUGUUGUCAAACAUAAGAUCGAAAAGAUAAUCGACACAAUGAAGACAUCGCCGGAGGAUAUCCCCGUACUUCUCGUGGGAGGCGGUGCCGUAAUAGCCCCGGAUGAAUUAAAGGGGGCGAGCAAGGUCCUCAAACCAAAAUGGUCGGGAGUCGCAAAUGCCAUCGGAGCUGCAAUUGCGAGAGUCAGCGCUGUCGUAGAUACAGUGAAAUCUACCGAGUCUAGAUCUACGCAACAAAUCUUGGAGGACAUCUGCCAAGAUGCUAUCGAGCGAGCUGUAGCGAAUGGUGCAUCGAGAUCAACCGCAAAGGUUGUAGAAAUGGAUACUUUACCUUUACCAUACAUUGCUAACAAGUCACGAUUCACCGUACGAGCCGCCGGAGAUCUCGAUUACUCACGCACAGAUUUCGCAACCCUUCACUUCGACGAAUCAUCCACAGAGCCAGACGUCCAAAUGGACGAAUACGAAAAAGCCGCACGAAACUCCGAGAAAAAGACGAAGCAAGAACCAAAGGAAGAUCUCGACAUCGACAACUACAAGCCCACGGUAACGAACCGCGUCUGGUACAUCAACGAGACAGACCUCGCAUGGAUCACAAUCGGCUGCUACAUCCUCGGGACCGGCGGCGGCGGCAGCCCCUAUUCCACCAUGAUCCGGCUGCGAGGGAUGCUGCGGAGAGGCGACGUAAUCCGCGUCGUGAGCCCAGACGACCUACCCGACGACGCGGCCGUAGCAACCGGCGGCCACGCGGGCUCGCCGACAGUCGGGAUAGAAAAGCUCGGCGGCGACGAAAUGACCGAAGCGCAAGUCGAGCUAUACAAGAUCUGCGACAACUACCCCUCGCACAUCAUCGCGGUGGAGAUCGGCGGCGGCAACGGUCUGCAGAGCAUGAUCAUCGGCGCGAGCACGAACAUGAAUAUGCCGGCUGUAGACGGCGAUUGGAUGGGUCGCGCAUAUCCGACUAAGUGGCAGACGACACCGGUGGUUUUCAAUGAGCGGUCGCCGAUUUGGUCGCCUGUUGCGAUGACAGAUGGAAAUGGAAACGUUGUCAUCGUGCCGAAAUCUACUUCGGAUCUUCAAGCUGAGCGUAUACUCCGCGCGGCGCUGAGCCAGAUGGGGUCGGGUGUCGGGUUCGCCGACCCGCCUGUGACAGGGGCGGAAUGCAAGCGAUGGGCUGUCGAACACACUAUCUCGCAAUCAUGGAGAAUCGGGCGAGCGGUCGCGAAGGCGCGCCAAGCUAAUCGUAUCGACAAUGUCGCGGAGACUAUCCUAGCUGAAUGCGGAGGUCCUGAGGCUGGUAAGUUGUUAUGGAAGGGCAAGAUCGUAGGCGUGGAGCGCACUCUGCGCAUGGGUCACGUCUACGGCGAGUGCAUCAUCGAGGGCGCGGACGUGGUCGACGACGAUGCCGCCGCGGGAAGUAAGGAUUCUUCCGGGUUCCAGGGUAAGAUCAAGAUCCCAUUUAAGAACGAGAAUAUCGCAGCCAUCAAGAUCUCCCGGUCAAUUGUAGAUGGGCAGACGGUGGAGACGGAAGACGAGGUGUUGGGUCUUGUGCCUGACUUAAUCACCGUAAUCGACGCGCAGAAUGGUGAAGCCAUAGGCACUCCUGAGUACCGGUACGGGUUACUGGUCAUUGUUCUUGGAAUCACGGCUAGUGAGCGCUGGACUUCUGAGAGGGGUAUUGAGCUUGGUGGCCCGAAGGCUUUCGGCAUGGAGCAUCUCACUUACAAGCCUCUGGGUAAAUUCGUCAAGCCUGUGAGCGUUAUUGAUGAGUUUGAUGUUAGUGCGUAGGGAUAUUCUAGGGAUGGAUCUAUACAUAAGGCGUCUACAUACUUGACCUAGAUACAGUAUACACAAACUAUACAAGAAAC